UUAGGGCAUUACGAUAACUUGAAUCCAUGCCGAUUAAUCGAAUCGUGAAUCGAGUUGAUUCUACAAUUGACAAAAAAAAAUUAAACUGUUCCGGUAAUGGUGAUACAUCACCGAAGGAACUUUCUACGAAGAAGUGCGAGGAUCUUAUCUAUAGAAAUAAUCUUAGAAAUUUUAUGCGUUUGAUCGAAUCAAGUUUCGCUCCAGAUAACCGCUGAACGAUAAUAUUAAUCGAUAAUCAACGAAAAACUCGACUUUACUCGAUAAUUUGUACACAUUUUAGGAAUAUUUUUAAAAAAGAACAGAGGCAAAAGGUGGCCCAUUGAAAGAACUUGCCAACUAUAACGGAUCUCGUGUCUUUUUUCAUCCUGUUUCCCAUCUUUCUUCGUCACUCUUGUUACUCUCCCUCUAUCCUUUUUACUCUGUCCCUCCUUCUUCCUUUCUCUCUCUCUCUCUCUCUCUCGCGCGCGCUCUUGCUCUUGCUCGUUACAGCCGAUCAACGCGAAUCGAGACCUACGCAUAGUCCAGCAAUAUGUUCCAGUGCAUUAUUCAGCAGAGGAACGGAUGGAUUCAUCCUUAUAAUCCCGACACUAAGGACGUUCUUCCAGAUGCAAGUUCGCCAUUCGAAGCCAAGGAAUGUCAAAGAUCCCAGCGAGCGGUUCAUAUGCGAGCAGCGUGUUUCAAGAGUUACCAAGAAUUGUAAUCGAAUUAUGGUUAGCUCAUUGAUUGCAGUUAUUCAAUAAUAAUUUGAGAAAAAAAUACGUGUGUAUUCGUGAUUUGAUAAAAAUACGAAUUUAUUUCACGCGCGCGCACGUGUGUAUAUAAUAUAAACACAAGAAAACGAAAAAAGGACGCGAUAAAAACGGACAAAAGGAAUAGUGAUUUGUGAACACGAGGAAUAAUCGACGGUGGACCAGAGAGAGUGGUGGACAGUUGGAACGGGGAAAAAUGUUCAAGCUAGCUGGACGACAGGAAUGGGAGGCUUUGACGAAAGACAUACGAUUGCAGCUGAACGAACAGCUGAGAUGUCUCGACAUCCGGAUGGAGGCCCAAGUCGCCAUCGUGGCGGAGCUUCAGGAUUUUUUUCGAAAGAGAGCCGAGCUCGAGCUCGAUUACAGCAAGUCUCUCGACAAGUUGGCCAGAAGCAUACAGCUCAGACACAAGGAGCAAAAGCAAAAGCGAGAACAGUGGCCCCUAUUCUCAAGCUAUGCUUGCUGGCAGCAACUCAUCAACGAGACUAAAUCCUUAAGCAGAGAUCAUGCAGCUUUGUCAGAAGUAUAUAGCACACACCUUGUUGGUCGUCUUAAUCAAGUGAUGGAAGAUGUUCAACGGAUAUACAAACGUUGCCGUGAAAUAGGUUAUGAGACGCACGAGGAAAUUCUUCGAGUAUUGGAUGAACUGCAUACCACGAUGAAAACGUAUCAGACAUACCAGACCGGGUCACGGCAAGCGGAAACGAAGCUUCGCGUCGCGGAACAGCAGCGUAGCAAGCUCGAGGUAGCAAAUGCUCCUCCAGAGAAACUCGCGCGCAGCAAAAAAUAUAAACUCAUGGAAAAGGAAGUGAACAAGAGGAAAGUUAAAUAUCAAGAGGCGAAGCUGAAAGCGUUGAAAGCAAGAAACGAGUACAUUUUAUGUCUUGAAGCAUCCAAUACGACAAUACAUAAGUAUUUCGUGGAUGAUCUUUCGGAUCUUAUCGAUUGUAUGGAUUUCGGUUUUCACAAUUGUAUCGCCAGAGCUUUGCUGAUGCAUUGUAGCGCAGAGGAAGGUAGACAACGUUCACUACAAUCUGGUGCUGAACAAUUGGCUGCUUGUGUUGGUGCUCUAGACUCGAGGGCGGAUAAACAAAGAUUUCUGGAAUCUCAUCAUGCUGCUUUCAUGAUUCCUAAGAAGUUCGAAUUUCAAGGACAACGAGGGGAUGAGGUACUCGAAACUCCCGAACCGGAACUUCAAAAAUUGUUGCAUGCUGAGAUGGAACAACGAUUGGCUCAAUUACAACAAAGAUUAACUUCCUUGAGAACAGAAUCUGAAGAAGUUUGGAAAACAUUGGAAACAGCAGAAGCUAGUCUAUUGGAAAUGUUAACUGCAAAAGACUACGAUUGUUCAAGAUAUUUUGGAGAGAACGCUGUUCCCACUUCCAGACCACCGGAAACCGUGCAAAUCAAACUUAGAGCCGACAGACAGGAAACUGAAGAAUUCUACCUCACGAAAUUCAGGGAAUAUCUUCUUGGAACCUCAAGAAUAGCUAGGUUAGAUGCAAAGCAAGAAUACAUUCGGCAGAGCCUAUUGGAUGGUUCUACUGCUAGCCCAAAUCCAUCAAUAUCAACAACGAAACAAAAACAAGCUCGAAGAAAACGAAUUGGUAGAUUGCAAAUGAAUGGUCAACCAAAAUUAUUUGGUGGCUCAUUAGAAGAAUAUUUAGAAAGCACGAAUCAAGAAAUACCUUUAAUCAUGAAAAGCUGUAUCAGAGUGAUCAAUCUGUAUGGUCUUCAUCAUCAAGGUAUUUUUCGAGUCUCUGGCUCCCAGGUAGAAAUUAAUAAUUUCCGAGAAUGGUUUGAGAGAGGAGAAGAUCCAUUGGCUGAUGUCACAGAUGCAUCAGAUAUAAACAGUGUUGCUGGUGUAUUGAAGCUCUAUUUGAGAGAAUUGAGAGAACCAUUGUUUCCUAUUAUUUAUUUUGAACAUUUAAUGGAACUAGCGCAAUUAGAAUCAAAGCAAGAAUUCGUUAACAAGAUGAAAGAAUUGAUUUCCAGUCUUCCAAGACCAGUUGUCAUAGUAAUGCGAUACCUAUUUGCUUUUCUCAAUCAUCUUUCAGAAUUUUCGGAUGAAAAUAUGAUGGAUCCAUAUAAUUUGGCAAUUUGUUUUGGUCCCACAUUAGUACCUGUUCCAGAAGAUAAGGAUCAAGUACAAUAUCAAAAUCAAGUAAAUGAACUUAUCAAGAAUAUUAUCACAUUCUGCGAAGAAAUAUUUCCAGAAGACAUUGGAGGUACUCAAUAUGAAAAAUACAUCAGUAGAGAACCUGAUGACGUAGAUGUAGGAGACUCGCCGACAGAUCAAGCCCAGGAAGAUAUGGAUUCUGAAGUGUAUCCAUCCGAGGAUGAAUCAGAAAACCUUGAAGCCACAGCGCAAUUCGAUUUCAAUGCAAGAUCCGAAAGAGAGUUAAGCUUCAAAAAGGGAGAUACCUUGACUCUAUACACACAAGUCAGUAAUGACUGGUGGCGAGGUGCCUUGGCCGGUAGAGAGGGGCUUAUUCCCGAUAAAUAUAUAAUGAUCAAAAUAAAGGACGAAGAACGUGAAAAAGAACUCCUGAAAUCAUCCAGCGAAGAAUCAAUGCGAAGAAGGACUUCUAGCUCUGCCGACAGUGUUCUUUCAAGUAACAAUUCACCACUGAUGGGACCAUCUGGAAAUCCAAAUACUUGGCCUCCUGGUACUACAUCUGAUAUGCAAUCUACCACGAUUGCAACAGAAAAUAGCAGUAACAGCGGUGUUAUCCCAGCAGUCGUGACAAAUGUCCCUUGCAUCUCGUCAACACAACCAAUCAUCAGUCGAGAGGAAUGCGCAUCUCGAAUGGCAAAAGUAUCAACACCUGAAAAAGAAAAACAUAUCUUCGUUACCGAUCAUCGUACAGAUCCUAUGUCAGUAAUUAUCACUAAUAACACGGAGAAUGAGAAGAUAUUAGAAUUUAGUGAAUCGUCACAACAACAACGUAACGAAGAUAGCGAAGAAACAGAACGUAUUUCUUUGAUGAGCUUGGAUAGUGGAACAAAGCGUGGAACAAGCAGGAAACAACAUUGGAAAUCUCAGAGUAUGGGCGAUACUGUACAACAAACAACGAAUUCUGUCCAAACUAGCAACAUUAUCUCUCAAGAGGAGGAACCGCAGGAACAACCGACGUUUUCAGCAAAUCGAGAACUUUGGCAGAGACGAGCAACAUCGCAGACACAAUUGAAUCCACCUGCACCUCCAAAUCAUAAAAUUUUUCGCACUUCUCAAGAAUUCCGUGAAAUGCGUCAAAAACAUACACCAGAUCUUGUGAUGGAUCUGCCGUUAUCUGCACAAGAUGCAAGCAAAAAAUCAGCUUCAUCAAGCAGUCUAAGCAGUUCUGAUGAAGAAACUCCCACACAGCCAUCUCGUACCGAAGCAGCCACAUCGCCAACAGGGGGACCCGAAUCUCCUGAUAUGAGUACAGCCGCAGAAAGAUUUGCCAAACAAAAUCAAUGCACUUUAAAAAAGAAUACUAAGUCCAAUCCAGAUGCAUCAAAAUUGAAACGUAUAGAAACCGAGCAUGAUCCCGAACAAGAAUCCGAAGAAAUCGUUAGGUCGACUAGUUCUAAUCAGAUUUCAGAUUCGAUGUCCUUAAGAUCACCCCUUCCACCACGUUCAACGCCUAAGAUAGCGGCAAAAUUUGCAGAUAUGCACUUAACAGGUGGUAGUCAGGUAUCUUCGUUCAAGCCACAAAUAAAAGUGAAGCCAACGAUCCUUAGAAAACCAGUGUUACCGUUCCCACAUCCUCAUAUGAGUCCCGAGCUCGCAAGGAAAAUUGAAAAGCAAGCGCAAAGCACUGAACAAACCAAUUAAUUGCUAUUCAGGGUAUCAUAAAGAACAAGAGAGUUUUUAGCAGCGAAGAAAUAUUUAUUUUUUACGAUCCAUGCGUGUUUGAGUAAGAUUUCCAGACGCAUAGAUUUGCCACUGACUUUCCAUUGACCAGUUACUCCGCCCAAAUCGUAAGGAUACGAAGUGUGUUAGUUACUGUACCCAAAAAUAAAGGAAAGCCGAACAGCAUCACUCCUUAAUAUGAAACGAAACAUACGAAUUUAGUUGCAUAUGAAAGGUUUGAUGCUAUUCUCGGGCCGAGUUUAUUUUUUCUACGACUAUUUUCCAUUUUCGCAUAAUUUUUUUACCAAAUGACCCGCGAAACGAUGUUUCUAGUCAUCGAACGACGAUUGAAAAACGAUGCGAGAAAUGUAUGAGCGAGAAAAUACAUCGAAAAAACAUUUAAAAAAAAAAAAAAA